AUGCAGAUCCGCUCGCUCGCCUCUCUCGCCUACGUGGCCUUCGCCGCCCAGGCAUUUGCGCAACAGACCAAGGUUUUCAAGCGCAGCGUCACCUUUGGAAGGGACUUGGGUUUCAUGCGCCGCGCGGACAGUGGCUACCAGCCCGCUGACGAGCUCUGCAACAAGGGCGGUAACACUUGCGCCGAGGCCUGCGGUGGUGGCUACCAGCAGUGCAAGUCCACGGAUCAGGCCGUCCACUGCUACAACCCGGCCGCCGGAGAGACUUGCUGCUCCACCACGUCCGGAAACUCGUGCCUGUCAUCUUUCUACUGCACCCACGACCCUAAGGCCGACACCAUCUGCUGCCCCAACGGCAUGAACCUCGGCGACUGCGCCGCCAAGCACGGUGUCGCGGGUGCUCUUACCUCCGACGUCCCCGUCCCCACCACCACCUCCGUUCCGUCCACCAGCCCGAGCAGCACCGUGCCCCCGACCACCACCUCGGCGCCGCCCACCACCACCAGCAUCUCGUCCGUUGUCGUCACCACCACCAGCACCUCCAGCAACACUAGCACCAUUGUCUCCACAUCCGAGGUCCCCGCCAGCACAGAGGCCCCCACUAGCUUUUCCCCCAGCGCCGGUACCAGCACCGCCUUCUUGGCUCUUAACGGUACCACACUUGCCACGGGGUCCACCCGUUCAAGCGCGAGAAGCACCCUCUUCCCCUCGGCGGCCGCCACAACCACGGCAGCCUCCGCUCAGAGUGCCGGAAACAGUAACGGGCCGGCUGGCAUGGCCGUCAUCCUUGGUGCUGCUUUUGUCGCUGCCCUGCUCUAA